UAAUUUAAAAGUGUAUGAUUCUUAUUGAAUUUUUCUGUCUGAAAGCUAAUUAUUAACAUGUCUCUCGGGGUACCAGUUAAAGUACUACAUGAAGCAGAAGGACACAUAGUUUCUUUGGAAACUAAUACUGGCGAGGUGUAUCGCGGUAAACUGGUGGAAGCCGAAGAUAAUAUGAACUGCCAAAUGUCUGAUGUUAUAGUUACAUAUAGGGACGGACAAGUUGGUAAAUUAGAAAAUGUUUACAUUAGAGGUAGUAAAAUCAGAUUCUUAAUUUUACCAGACAUGUUGAAAAAUGCACCUAUGUUCAAAAAGACUGGAUCCAGAAUCGGUGUUGCAAGUAGCAAUCGUGGGAAGUCCGCAAUUCUUCGAGCACAAGCUGCUCGAGGACGUGGACGUGCUAGAACACUCUUUCAACGAUCUAAAUGAACUUUUCAUCAUUUGGUUGCCAUGUGCAUCAUCCAACCUUUUUUUCAAACCACUCUAUUUAAAUGCUGUGAUUACUCUAUUGUUUAUAAUCUACAAAUA